AUGUAUAUUGAUCAUAUCUUUGUAAUUGGUAGUACUACGAAUAGAACACGACGACAAGCUGGUCGACGUCGAUCGAUUAUUCGAGAAUUUGCUUUGAAUACAUCCACUCAUGGUAUUCCAGAUGUCGGAAUGAUAGCGAUGGUACAUGAUAAUCCACAAUUACCUUUAAUUGAUUCUGCUGGUAUGGCAGUAGCAACUGGAUUUAAACAUAGAAUUACAUAUACCAAAAAGAUUAUUUCAUAUUUACGUUCUCCUUAUUCGACAUGUAAUGAUAAAAUACCUCCUGUGAUGCUAGCUAUACUUGAUAAUUAUCAAGGCGCUAAAUAUGGGUACUCAGAAGAUAUCUGUUACGAAUUAUGCACUCAACAGUGUUUUGUUACGAAUUUCAACAUUAAACCUUCACUAUGGAAAACACCACCAACCUGGUUAAUGGAUGAUAUUAAAACAUUUCUUGAAAAUUCUGAAAUUCCAUUAUCUAUUGAUUGGCCAACAAAUUGGCGUUCUCAUAUUGACUCGAGUUAUCUCUCGGUCGAAUUAGUAUAUGAAUCGACUCUAAUUGAGAAUUAUACUCAAAUAGCAACAAUGACUGCAGUCGAUGCUCUGCCUAAUGUUGGUGGUCAAACAGGUCUUUGGAUCGGUGUCAGUUUUUUGUCUAUAAUGGGAUUAGCAGAAAUUCUCUAUCGACUUGCACGACAUCAAUAUUAUGCCAUUCGAAGAGCUUAUAAUAGAACUCAAGAUGAUAGUAAAAUUUAA